GAUUGAACCUGCAGACCAGGCACAAAGCAGAAACUGAAAGUACACUGCCGGCUGAUCCUACGGAAGUUAUGGGAAAGGCAAAGCGCAGAGCCGGGCGGUGGUGUGUGCCGCCCCCCUUGGGAUGGAUGAAGCAGCGGGCGCGGUGUGGGUAAGAGGAACCAGCGGCAGAGAGGGCCCUACACGGCACCGGCUCGCGGCGGCUCGGCGGCAGACCAGGGCCCUGAAGGUGACCAUGGGCGGUGAGAGCUUGCUCCUGAGGCCGCUGCGGUCAUCAUGACCACGCCCGUCUCCCGCAGACCAUGUUCCAUGUUUCUUCUAGGUAUGUCUUUGGAAUUCCUCCCCUGAUCCUUGUUUUGUUGCCAGUAGCCUCAUUUGAUUGUGAUAUUAAAGGUAAAGACGGCAGAGAAUAUCGGAAUGUUCUAAAGAUCAGCAUUGAGGACUUGGACAGCAUGAUAAAAACUCAUAGCAAUUGCCUGAAUAACGAAUCUAGCUUUUUUAAAAGACAUGCAUGUGAUGAUAAUAAGGAAGCUAUGUUUUUAUAUCAUGCUGCUCGCAAGUUGAAGCAAUUUAAAAUGAAUGCCAGUGAGGAUUUCGAUAUCCACUUAUCACGAGUUUCACAGGGCACAUUAAAACUGUUGAACUGCUCGAACAAGGAAGGAAGAAAACCACCUUCUCUGGGUGAAGUCCAACCCAGUAAGAAAUUAGAAGGGAAUAAAUCUUCAAAGGAACAGAAAAGACAGAAUUACAUGUGUUUCCUAAAGAUACUACUACAAAAGAUAAAAACUUGUUGGAAUAAAAUUUUGAGGGACGCUAAAGAACAUUAAAAAAUACGGAGUGGCAAUAUAAAAACAUGAGAACUUUAGUUGUAUCCUCCAAGAAUCUAUGUACUUAUGAACUUUUUGGAGUAGAAUGUCUCCUAGAAGUUACUGAAUGCAUCCUGGUUAAAAAAGAUCAUAGCAAUUGAGAAAUCCAUAUGUAGUACUAGAAGAUGGAUGUAAAUAAUGGAAACUGAAUACUGUAAUCAACAGACUCUUUCAUAUGUAUGCAGACAUGUAUCAAUCGGUGUUAAUUCUGUGAUUUUUGUAAGACAAUCUACACUGGGUAUUAGUUGCAAUAAUAUGUUUAAAUCUGUUUAAAAAUUUCAGAAGAAGACAUAAAAUCUGUGAAGUAUAUAAAGGUUACAAGGAUUAAAAAUUAACAUUGCUUUUCUACAAAAUAAUUUUAUGGCCCACUAUGCAUCAGCAUACAGCAAUGGAAGUGGAAAUUGUCAUCUUCAGUGCUGGAAAUGUUUCAAAGUUAACAGUGAGAUAUGGAUAUUGCCCAUGAGAACAAGAGUCAUAUGCCUUAAAGCAGCAGCAGCAUGAAGGAGUUUAAGAUAUCAAGUGGUAUAAUGAAACAUGAAUGUAUAACACAGUGCCUUCAAUAAAUGGUAGAGGAAAUGUUUUUAAAUGAAAAUAAAGAAUAAUUUCAGAAAAUAGAAAGUUAUUUACCUGUUCUGAGGAUGCUAAGCCAUAGUACUGAGUUACUUUUGUCAUUUAUGUGUAAUAAAAUGUCUCUAAAUGAGUUUGCAAUUUGGGAAGUAUAUUUUUAAAAGAAUAAUAUAUGUUGGCCUUUUAAUUAAUGGAAUAUGCAUAUUUAAUGACACCAUAUCUGUAUAUAAAAAUAUUUUCAUACAGUACUACAAAAAAAUUAACUUACUUUGGAUAACAUUUCUCCUUUGAUAGUAAAUGAUCUAUGUAUUAGUGUUGUUAGAUUCAUUUAAUGAAUCCAAAAAGAUUUUUAAGGCAAGAUUUUUAAUACUGUACCACUAUCUGGUUCCCCAGUUUUAUUGAAUAUAUGACAUUCAAUGCCUUAUUACUGGUAAUGUUCCAGAACCAGGAACCCGAAACUGUAUAGACAGGAACAUUACUUUCUAUGUUAAAUUUUAGUUUUUAGAAGAAACUUGUAUGUAUCAGAACCAGUUUAGAAAGAUCUGCCAACAGUCUUCAUUAACUUAUAAAGGGAAAUGAAAACACUAUUCCAUGCAGGCCAGAGUAAUAAAAUAGCCACCAAUUUGCUGUUUGCUAAACUUGCAUCCUUCAUGUUCUUUCAUAGCUUCAUCAACACCUGGUUAAGGUGCUGACUGGUUUUAUUUGAUUACAGAUGACGCUCAGGUGCCAUCUUCAAUGUGUGGUGGUAACACCUUCUUCUCAGUUCAUGUCUGUCUGUCUGCCUUUUCUUUCCCAAACCCAUAUCUAGUUUCAUCCUCACUUGUGACAAUAGCUGUAUAGAAAUGUACAGACAGUUCUAUAGAAUUCACUGACUGCUAUCAUGUGGGAGACAGACAUGAUGUGUUUGCCAAUUUCCACCUUUGAGGCUUAUCACAAAUUUUCUUAUGUCUGAAGUAAUCUGAUUAAAAAUGGGAGCAUUUUACUUACAAAUUCAAUGGGAGAGAAAAUCUUAUAAAUUUUUCUGGAAAUGGGGUAAACACUAUUACAAAUAAAAGGAACUUGGUUUGCAGAGCAUCCAAUCAGGUAAAGUAAAGCAGCCUAGUAGAACCAGAAAGAUCAACCAGAAAAGUAAAAAAAUGACAGUUAUCUACCCUGUCAUCUCAUUGCUUAGAAUUCCAAGCAAAAAGGACAUGGCUUUGUCUUUUGCUGUGAAAAAAUCUUGAACAUGUAGACCAAUACAUCAUUCUGCUUAAGGAAGAGGUGUUAUUUUAAUUCAGGGUAAAUUAGAUAUCAGGGUUGAAACUAAUGUCUUCACAGCCAAGUGGAUUUAAAGAAGAAGCUCCAACUUCUGAAUACAUACCACUUAAUGUGUAAGAUGCAGCACAAAUACAGGUAAUUAAUUCACUCAACAAAUAGUUAUUAAGCAUAUGUUUCUAAUGUGGCAGUUCUAGCCUUAGAGGUACAACAAAGUCUUUGUUUCAUAGAGCAUAUAUUCUAUAAGAGGAAAGAAUCAACAAGUAAAAUUAUUGCAGAAAAGUUCUAUGGAAAAGAAAAAAAACAGAUUGGUGAAGAGAGCUGGUAUUUUAGGUUUGAUAAUCAGGGAAGACCUCUUUGGAGAGAAGAGAUUUGAAAAUAUCUUAUUGGUCUCAAAUAUUUCAAUAUAUUAUACAUAACUGGCAACAUUUAUACAUUUAAUACAUUUCAUUGAAGGAUUCCAGUGAUUUUUCAAGAGCUCAAAACAAUACUUCAACUGUAGUACAUGACACUGUCAUAGAAAUUAAGUAUGAAAUUAUCAAAUGUUUGAUUUUGAAGAAGUGUAUUGCCCUUAAGCAGUGAUAUGCAAGCUUUACUAAUCUUUCUAUUUUGAAAUAAUUUCAAACGUGUAGUUGCAAAGAUAGUACAGAGUUUCCAUAUAUGUUCUACCAAGCUUCCUCUAAUACUAACAUCUUACAUAACCAUUGUACAUUUAUUCAAAAUAUGAGCAUUCUUUGUUGUGGGGCUGAGGAUGUUUAGCACCCUCCCUGUUCUCUACACACUAGAUACUAAUGGCACUCUCCCACAGGAAGUAACAAAAAAAAUGUCUCCAGGCAUGGCCAAAAUGUCCCAGCGAACAGUUGAAACCAUUGUUUUAGAAGUUUUGUUUGUUUUACAGCAAUGUUCAUGACUCAAUUUGGGUUAUUUUUGACUAUAAGCCAUGUAUCAAAUUUCCUCCUUUUGCAUAUGGAUAUCCAACCAUUUCAGUGCCAUUUAUUGGAAAGACUACACUUGUCAACUGAAUUGCCUUUGUGCUUUUAUAAAAUUCAUCGAGAAUUCACUUAAUCCGUAUCAUCUCAUGGUAAAUCCCCUUUCUCAAUGUAAUUUAGAAGGAAUCUCUAUUCCUUACAUUUGAAGGCACUAUUCAGAUUGUUUUACAUUGGAGAAUAAAGAAGUAAGAAUGAAAGGCAAAUUUAUGAGUAUUAGGUACUAAAUUAAGAAAGUAGAAUUAACCAUGAAACUUUGCCUUCCCAAGAAAGACAACACAGUUGAGUCAAUAACAAAUAGUUGUUUAUUUCUAAUGAGUGGGAUAUUAUGGAACUGGAUGGGUUUUGUGAAAUGAGGAUACUGCUCCUUUUGGUAUGCUUGGGGGGUUUGAAAAGUCUGUUCCGAUUUACAUCGUAUACAAUCAAUUAUCAGUCUUGUAAUUAUAAAAAUGUAUACUUAUGAAAAUGUAAUAUUUUUGUAUGAACUGAGUGUUGAGUGCUUAAUUUGAUCUAUACAUAUAGAUGAUUUAAGGUGGAAUGGGUAACAAAUAUUUUUCUCUUGCCUUUUAUUUCUCCCUAAUUUAGGAGCAAAGAACCUCUACACAGAUUAUGUUUAAGCCAGAUCCUGCGCCUCUUCUAUUCCUAGCUCGUUCUGAGUAAGCCAAAAUAUAUUUUGGUGGCCUCUAAAGCAUACACAGUCUGGCUGCUCGUGUACCUGACUUAAUAUUCGAAUCUUCUCUUCCUCUCUUGCACCAUUCAGGAGUUACUGGGCUCCCACCUCAGAGCCUUUGCACUUUUUACCUUCUGCAUCAAAAUAUUCUUUCCUUCCUUUUCCACCUAUGUGUUUCCACCAUAUUGAAUCUGAAAGCAUUAGAAAUUAGGGGGAACAAUCCAGUAAACAAUGCAAUGCAGUAAACAACAAGGAUACGUAAUACUGCCCCCACCCCCCGCUUUCAGGUCUGUUCAAGUACCACAUCCUCAAUGAAGUCAUCCCUGAACACACUAUUUAAAAUUGUAGCCCACUUCCACUCUGCCUCUUGUCUCCCUUUAACCACUUCUUCUCCACUUAAUUUUUCCCCACAGCACUCAUCGCAUUCUAAUAUAAAAUUUUUACCAAUUUAUCUUCAUUUUUUUCAAUCUUCCUCCACUAGGAUGUGAACUUUUAAGGAGUGGGUUUUUUUUUACUUUGUUCACUGCAUGUAGAACAACAGUGCUGGCACAUAACAGGAAUUAAUAUUUGAUGAAUAUAUAACAUGGACAUAUAUACAAAAUUGUAUAGUAAUGCUAAAUAAUUGACAUCAUUUACUGAGAGUCCAUUAAAUAUCCAAGACAUUACUGGAUUAUUGGCAGAGAUAUAAUACACAUUACUGAUAAUCCUUAAAUUAACCCUGUUAGAUAGGGGUAAUCAUACUAAAAGCAUAUUUCUUAAAACUCAGUUUGUGAUCUAACACUAUGACUGGGAUGAGGAAAUAUGUCUUAAUUCAAUAUAUUGGAGAUUUCCUUCUUAUAGAAUAUGGUUUUAAUCAUUUCUUCCAGAAGCAUGUGGUCAUACCCAAUUUUUUAACACUGAAGAGUUUCUGAGUGCAAAUAACUGGUCCCAGUCUAAUAAGGUUAAGGAACAACACACUUAUUAAAAGCUAGCGGGUAAUUCACAAAAUCUCUGAGAGAGCCAGAAAAUCAAGUUUGGUGGCUGCUCAGCCAGAAACAAUGCGUCAAUUAUAAUGACAGGCUGCUCUGGUGGAGGACAGUCAGCUAAAGUGCCACCAUGAGAAACAAGUCAAAUCUUUCAACAAAGGUGUCAUUUCUUGGCUCUGCCACCGUUGCCUUCAAAGCUCAGUGUCUCCACCAAACUCCACUACUCUCACUAGAAACAGGUACUACACAGUGUCUGAUUCUUCACAUACUGGCUCACGGCUCUUUCAGCAGCCAAGUCUGCUCUGCUACUAUCUGGAGGCAGUGGGAUUCAAUAUGGAAAACUUAACAAAUGGAGGAGGACUUCCAAAAGAUUCUAGCCACAGACAUAACAAACACCAAUUACAGACAGCAACAAAAUUGGGUUUUAAAAUAGAUCAAGAUAAUUUUUACUACUUGGUAUAAUUUUGGCAGUGUUUAAUUUCUAAUGUUGUUCAAUGUUUUCUACCUAAAAUAUGGUAGAAUAUUUAAGGCAAUGAAGAAGUUUCCCUGCUCCCCAUACAACAACUUUGUGGUAACAGCAUCAAUGAGAACAUAUUCUGCUGAUACAAGAGGGAGAACGUAACAGCUUACCAAAGGGGCAACCACGUGCAUAGAUAGUGCCUCACCAAGGAUAAGAGCUGGUCUAGUUCACAUGUUGCUCACUUGUGUUGUCUUUAGUGAGACAUAUUGAAGAACAAACCUAUUGUUUUACAUUUUUCAAAUUAAUAGUAAACUGAGUAGUAUCUUUGUAAAGCGAAUCACCCUUGAGGAAUUAGCGAUUAAAAUAAAGAAUUCCUAACAUUUUUGUGCAGUUCAUAUGGUUUUCCCUAUAAAGACUAAGUUUGGGAAGAUUAGUAAAAACUUUAAAAUUUUCUGGUUCUUAAAGUAUUCUUCUUGACUAAAUAUCUACCAGAAAACAAGGUAACUUUUUAAACUUUUUAAAAGUUUUAAAGAUAAGUAUAAUAGAUCAGCAAUAUAUAUAUCGCCUUCCAGCUCAACAAGAGCAAAACACCUCUUAAAUAUUUAGACUAGAUUUAUUUUUUACUUUAUGCUCCAUGAAGUAAAAAUUCACUUGUAUUCUCUGGGCUCUUCAAAUCAUUCGUGAUAAACAAUUUAAAAAAUUGGGGUGGGGGCUAUAUUAGAACAUUCUCUGAGUGCAUUUCAGUAAAAGUAAUCUCAUUAAUAUUACAAGUUGACAGACACCACUUUCAGCAACCAUGGUAUUAUAAAAAACAAACUAGUUAAUUACAUCACAAGGGCCAUCCUCUAUGUUUGUCAAUUAGAAAACAACUGAAGAUGAGGUAGUGAAUUUAAAUAAACUAUUAUUACAGGCAAGUGAUUUUGAAAAAUAUAACCUAUUUUUUAAAAGAUUAAAGAA